AUGGAAACCCAGACCCGUCGAAAACCUCCGCCUCCCGCCACCUCAACAUCCGCCCACAAAUACCUUCUCGCAUACAAUGGAAUCUGCUUCCUCCUCUGGUCGAUCGUGACCCUCCGCGCCCUGGCCCUAAUCCCUACACUAUCACUCCACUCGAAACUGCACGGCCUCCUGGACGCGCUCUUCCCACUUCUGAAAUGGACACAAACAAUCGCCCUCCUCGAGAUCGUACACGCAGCCCUUGGCCUCGUACGCGCCAGCCCCGUCACGACCGCCAUGCAGGUCUCCUCGCGGAUUCUCCUCGUCUGGACCGUCCUCCAGCGCUACCCGCAGAUCGUCGCCACCACAACUUCCUGGGGGAAAGAGACGGCAGGAUCCACGACAGGUCCGAUCGCUUUCGCAGGCAUUCUGCUCGCGUGGGGCAUCACCGAGGUCAUCAGGUACGGGUUCUUCGUCUGGAAGACCAUGAUCAGCGACAAGAUCCCGUCGCUCUUGACCUGGCUGCGGUAUAAUACAUUCUUCGUCUUGUAUCCGAUCGGCAUCUCGAGCGAGUGUCUGCUCAUGUACUUGGCCUUGAAGCCUGCAGCUAAGGAGGGUUCAAGUGUUGAUGUAUUGCUCAAGGUUGUCUUGUUCAUCUAUGUCCCAGGAAGCUAUAUACUGUAUACGCACAUGAUGGCGCAGAGGCGGAAGGUGCUCAAAGGGAAGGGAAAGUUGGCGUAG